GGCAGUUAACUUUGCCGCAAAAACGCAGUCCAACCCAGAUGUCCAACAAAAAGCUGGCUUACACCCCGACUCUUCCCACACCGCAGUUCAUCACCAACUGGUUUGCACUUUCGUCUCCCUCCUCCUCUUCUCUCUGCACAUCGCAUUUCAUCUCCUCUCAAUCCCAUCCCCAUAAAUGGCUUCUCAUCAUCACUUCAAGCUCACCAUCUUCACGCCAUUGCAUCCACUUCAUCAUCUUUGCCAUCAAACACCAUGCAUUACUCACAGUCAAGCAACAGCGGCAACUCUGCUGCUGCCAAUCAGUUGCGGGCUACUGCACCUUCUGCUGUCUCUGGUCGUCACCCGGUGUAUCGUGGAGUUAGGCGUAGGAGUAGUGGGAAAUGGGUUUCCGAGAUUAGAGAACCUAGGAAGCCUAAUAGAAUUUGGCUCGGUACAUUUCCUACACCGGAAAUGGCUGCUGUUGCUUAUGAUGUAGCAGCUCUUGCUUUAAAAGGUCGAGAUGCUGAGCUUAACUUCCCAAACUCGGCUUCUUCUCUUCCUGUUCCUGUAUCCACUUCCCCGCGUGAUAUUCAGGCGGCUGCAGCCUCUGCAGCUGCUGCUGUUGGGGCUGCAAGGGAUGCUUUAGGAAUUGGGAGUUAUCGUCAAGAGAGUACUAAUCAAACAGUAGUGCAAGAGAGGCCAAUGUUCAAUGAAUUUGUGGAUGAAGAUUUGAUAUUUGAUAUGCCUAAUGUUCUAAUGAAUAUGGCUGAAGGGAUGCUUCUUAGCCCUCCUCGCCUGGACAUUGCCGGAGAUGAAUAUGCUGAUGACCCGUACUCUGGACUAAUGGAUCAAAACCUCUGGAGAUUCCCCUAAUUAUCCCCGUCUUAAUUCAAAUAUUAUAUCUGUAUAAUAAUCAAUAAUUAAUCUAUCUAUCUAUAUAUAUGAAAAUUAAAACCCAAAAAAAUCAAUAUAAAUAAUAUGUUCUCGUGUCUUGCUCGUGUGGAAAAAUCUAUGAGCUCAGAGAUUGAGAUGCUGAGAGACAAUGGUGAGUAUCUGGCUUUUCUUGUUCUUGUUUUUUUUUUUGUACAGGUUUCUUUGUCUGUGUUGGGAUUGGCUGUAAUUGCACCUUGCUGUUAUGGUAAUGCUUGUAAGAGUGACUGAAAGGAUCCCUUGAAUUUCUAAUAACAUUCUCUGAGCAUCUUCAUUU